CCUGUUAUUUUACUUCGUAACUUAAACCCACCAUGGCUGUGCAAUGACACGCGAUUGGUCAUUAAAAAUACCGGGCUUUUCGAUUUGUCUACAUUCCUUAACGACGCCGGUUACUCGCGUUUGCCUCUACUCGUGGGAACUGACGCACUGUGCUUAAACUUUCGCCUGAACACGUGCUUUAUUAUUAUAAUUAUUUUAUUUUAUCUAAGGCAUAUAGCUAUUUUUUUGUUAGUUAUAUCGAUUUAGUCUACAUUGAUUCUACCAUGUAUUUUCUGUUACUUCUUAUGGUAGUUGCAUCUGUUCAUGAACAUUCUGCCUCAAACACGACUGCACGAAAUCUUGAACAAAGGUUCCAGAAUUAUCCUCCAUACACCUGUUAUAAAUGCCUUGGUAGUAAUUGCAGCAAUCUCUAUGAAACAUGUGAUGAAGCCUUACAAUGCUUUACUCACACUUCAACUGUUGACAAUACAUAUCUCCUGGUUGAGAAAGGCUGCUAUAAAAAACCCUUUCAAAUGCUUGCAUUCUGCCAUAAUGGAAGAACCAAGUUAGCAAGAAAUGAGACCGCUAAUGUAACAAAAUGCUGUAGUGGGAAUCUCUGCAAUGAUGAUGAAUUCAUAACGCCAAAUAUUCCUGACCUCUGGACCCCAACUUCUAAAAUCGGAAUUGAAAGUAUGUACACGAAGGAGAUUAAGUUACCAAAUGGAAUUUUGCCAGGAUGUAUUGCUAUUUUUGUUUUUUCUCUUGUUCUGGGUGCUGCUUGUCUGACAUAUGCUAGAAGAAGAGCAUCAGACAAAAAAUUGCAAAAUCUCCUCCCAACUGUUUGUUGUAAUCCUACUAGUACUUUUAAUGAUACUUUUGCUUGCUUUAUGCCAUCAGGUAGUGGAUCUGGCGUGUUUACUUUAAAUCAACGUACCUUUGCUCAAGAUGUAACUCUCAUUCGAUGUAUUGGUCAUGGGCGCUAUGGAGAAGUCUGGCAAGGCAUGAAGCUCGGUGAAAUUGUUGCUGUUAAAAUAUUUUCUUCCCGGGAUGAAGAGUCAUGGAAAAAUGAAGUAAACAUAUAUACCAACAUUUCAUUAUGCCAUGAAAAUGUCCUUGGUUUCAAAGGUUCAACUAUAGCAUCUCGGUCUGGUGUCACUGAGAUGUGGCUCUUAACUUCAUUUCACGAACGAGGCUCAUUGUAUGAUUAUCUGUUGGAAAAUACUGUUACUCAUAAGCAAAUGAUAGAAUUUGUUCGGUCUGCUUGCUCAGGUCUUCUGCACUUACAUGUGGAAAUUUUUGACGCCAAAGGAAAACCUGGAAUUGCUCACAGAGAUUUAAAGACUAGAAAUAUUUUGAUUACCUCUCGAGGAACAUGCGUGAUAGCCGAUUUUGGUCUUGCUGUAAUAAAGGGAAUUGAAAAUUCAAGUACCGAUGUGCCAAUAAAUUACCGCGUAGGUACUAAAAGAUACAUGGCACCAGAAGUGUUGGAUGAGAGUAUGAACCUUAGCAACUUUGAAUCCUUCAAAAGAACCGAUAUUUAUGCCUUUGGUUUGAUUAUGUGGGAAGUAUGUUCACGUUGUGUCACAGAUGGAGUAGCUGAAGCUUACCGUCCGCCGUAUGAUGGAUAUGUUCCAAACAACCCUGAUUUUGAAGAUAUGAAAAAAGUUGUGUGCAUUGAAUCGAAAAGACCUGAAAUACCCGACAGAUGGUUAUCUGAUGAGCCGUUGGAUGCUAUGGCUAAACUAAUGAAACUGUGUUGGCAUGAAAAACCUGAAGUGCGUUACACAUCAUAUCGAGUACUGAAAAGCUUGGAUAAGAUACGUGCACAGAUCCAAGAACAACAAUCAUCUGCUCAAUGUGUGUGAUUGCAAUCAUACAUAAUUCGUCUACUUAUCCCACUGCUUUACACUCACUCUUGUUAAUGUAAUGAAUUUUCAGGCUAGUCGGUUCUAGUCGUUGAUACAUUUUAAUAGUUAGGCGUACGAAUUCAACCUUGUAAUGACCUAUAAGAAAACAUUUUUAUCAUUUUCUAAUUGUUAAAAAAAAAAUGCCUGUUUGAAUAUAAUUAGAGGGGGGGGGGAAAUUAUAAAUCUGUUUUUUUCUCAUACUUUUAUAUUGUUAAUGACAUCAUCAUGUUUAACGAAAUUAAACUAUUCAUACAUCAAUUUUAUGCAACACUGAUUACUGGAGCAUUUAAUAUUUUUUGUAUCAAUUAUGAAUUUAUACAAUUGAGCUUAUUUUUAUAUUACCA